CGCAUUUUUGAGGGCGGGGCUACUAAUCGGUUUCUCGGUCAUGAAGGCACCGUCGGCAGAAGAGGUGUUAGCACUGGUGAACGCGGCAACUGGGCCCGAUGGGACCUUGGACCCAACCAUGGAGCACCUGCUUAUGCAAAUGCAAGAGCAACACUCGCUGAAUCAAGCUCAACUUCGCGCCCAAGAGCAAACUCAACGACCUCCUAGUGAACUCAAGUCUAACGUCUCAGAGCUGCCCAAGACGAUAAAAUCAGACAACAGCCACGGUACUGCCAGUACCGUCAUGGACUUAAUGCCGUUAUCGGCAGCUGCAGUCGCCAUCGGGUCUCCCACCAAUUCCGCACUGGAAAGAGCAACUUCGGCAGUGGAAGUUGCCUCUGGACCGGCUCCAGCAACUCCUGGACCUCCAUCGGCAACAUCAACUGCACCAGCAACUUUAACCUCUAAGGCAAUGACGCGGAAGAGCAUACCGUUAAGUAUGAAAAAAGAGGCCAUACAGUGGAUUAUGGGUCCGGGUAAAGGGAUCCCAUCGCGUGCCGAGAAGCAUUUUGGAGCUUUGAAUUGGGACGUCAGUGCGUCUUCGUUCCGCAAGUGGUGGAAGAACCGAGACAAAAUUUUGGGCGACUCUGGAGGCAAGAAACGUAUCAGCGGUGGAGGCAGGAAGCCCUACUUGGAGGACUCGGAGGAGAAACUUUUGGUGGUUGUGAUCCAGGAACGAGCGAAAAAAGACCGAGUGACGAGGAAAUGGAUCGCCAAGACGGCGCAGCACAUGUUCCAGCGGUCUGACUCGACGUUUAAGGCCUCGGAGAACUGGGUCACCAAGUUUAUUCGACGGAAUGGACUCACGCUCAAGCGAAGUUAUGUCACCUACGAGCCGCAACAAACGAAACUAGAACCGCAACAUCAAACUUCGACAAGUGGAGCAACUACGACUACGGGCACCAAUAUUGUUGUGUAGCAGACCCAACAUGACAGCUAGCAAAAGUGCCGGCUUUUUGAGUUUUUGAGUGUGACGAGAAGACCAGAUCAAGACAUUUAUGAAUCGUCUCAUCCAGCAGUAGAGCGUUUGACAAGCUCUGCUUAUCGUAUUCACUGCAUGCAUUUUAUUUGAUUAGGGAUCUUAUACGGUGGUGUUAACGUGCUUUGGCGCUGUAAUGGAAUAGUUAUCGUCAUGGUUUAUGUGGAUCAGAGUUUUCUGACAUCGUGGACUCACUAAAAAGCAAGUGAUAAGUGACUAAUGUUCAUGAAUGGAGUUUUCAGUGACGACUUCGGCGCAUAUAGCACUUGAUUGGGGCAGUUGUCGCCGGUGGUGCCGUGGUUGUUGGGGCUGUGGUCUCAAUUGUUGGUGGGGCGGUCGUAGUAGGCACUACCGUUGGGGCGCUCGUUGAGGGAGCAGUGGUUGGAUUUGUAGUUGCGGGUGUUGCUGAUGUUGUUUCGAAUUGGAGGUUGGUGUCGGUGCAUUGACCUGCAGAUAACGAGUACAUCCCCUCAAUAACUUGACCAUCCAUGGAGGUGACUGAAACCUCUACAGCGGUGAGAUCAACCUCUGAUGAGCUAGUGAUGAGGUAGUAGUAUGCACCGCUAAUCAUCGACGCAGUGUUGCCAUUGAUACUGACGCUCUUGACUCCUAUUACAGCAUUUGUUGGUUGUACAGCGAUCCAGAAACCAUUACUACCGGUCUUGAGGCAGAUCUUCAGGGUCUCUGGGUUUGGACAGUCUACAAACUGCCAUCGGAUCGAUAGACGGCUCGGAUCCGAACCUGUGAUAGUCCUGAACACUGACGGCGAUAGAUCCAAGUCCCCGUAUUUGCAUUCAGGACAGCGAUCUACGAUCUGGACGAUGGCAGUCGCUGUCUGAUCUUCGCAUGCUUCGUCAAUGCACGAAACUUGAGCACAGCGACCGCAAUUUCCCAAGUUAUUCCACUGUUCGUUGUUCAGUGCCGCAUAAUUCGUAGCCGCAAUGCUGUUCCAAGACAUCAAAUUGCAGUUGCCGCUGCUCACUCCACCGAGUGUGUAGGUGGUGCCGUCGCCUUCGAAGUACGCAGCGGUGGGAAACGCCGUGGUGGUGACGCACAGGAGGAGAGCACGGAUGGUGAGUGUGUUGAGCAUAGUAAAGACUUUUAAUGUUGAACGUUCAAGGCGAAUUGAGGAAUGACAUAUCCGAGCAGUCGAUGCGAAGUCGAAGAGAUCAAGUCAGACGCGAUGGCGGGGACGUCGGGGGCCCACCGAGACCUGUCGGAUAGUAUCUUUCCCAUAUUGCGCGAUACAAACUGCCACACGCGAUCCAUUCGAACUGUUUUGCGCAUUUUGGGAUGCUGAUCAUUUCGAUGAAGAGAUCGCGUAACUUGGAAUCUUUUCGUAAAUGGGAUGCUGCUUUACGGCGAUAAAUACGAGUGCUUGGUAGAGCAAGGAAAAGUGGCGGUUCUAGAAACGCCAAGAUGGUUUCGAUCCUAUUAGCUAGGUAGAGUGUGGUUGUUGUAGUCGACAUCGAUGCAUGGAGCUGCUCCGAAUGAAAAGAUGAUCGAAAACAACCAGGACAGAAUUUUAAAGACGAGGAUGACCCAACAAAAGGUUUAUCCCUUAAACUGAAUUAAUGGUUAACGACUACUGCAUGAACAACACUGA